AUGGUUGAACCUGAUGAGGAUGAAACACAGAAAGGAGCUGAUUAUAAUGGGAAGAUUCGAGUUUGGGGAAAUUUGGUGGCCUUUCUAGAAAGGUUAGAUGUUGAGUUUUUCAAGAGCUUGCAAUGCAUAGAUCCACAUACUCGUGAGUAUGUUGAGAGACUGAGAGAUGAACCGAUGUUUUUGGUUCUUGCACAAGAUGUCCAGAAUUAUCUAGAGCGAAUUGGGGAUUAUAAAUCAGCUGCAAAGGUUGCUUUAAGGAGUGUUGAGCUCAUUUAUUACAAGCCACAGGAGGUUUAUGAUGCUAUGAGUAAACUGGCUGAGCGGACAGAAGAAGCAAAUAAUGGAGGUGAGGAGUCUAAAAUGGUUGAGGAAAGUAGGGGUCCAUCUCCAUUUAUUGUUAUUCCUGAGGUCGUGCCUCGUAAGCCAACUUUUCCUGACAGUAGCAGAGUAUUGAUGGAUAAUCUAGUGUCUCUUAUAUACAAGUAUGGUGACGAGCGGACCAAAGCCCGUGCUAUGCUUUGUGAUAUUUAUCACCAUGCUCUUCUGGAUGAGUUUUUAACUUCUCGGGACUUGUUGCUGAUGAGUCACUUGCAGGACAACAUCCAGCAUAUGGAUAUUUCCACCCAAAUACUUUUUAACAGGGUUAUGGCCCAGGUUGGUCUUUGUGCAUUUCGCGUUGGUUUGAUUGCUGAAGCACAGAGUUGUCUUUCUGAACUAUAUUCAGCUGGACGAGUUAGGGAAUUACUUGCACAAGGUGUGUCACAAAGCCGAUAUUACGAGAAGACUCCCGAACAGGAAAGGUUGGAAAGAAGACGGCAGAUGCCUUACCAUAUGCACAUAAAUCUUGAGUUACUGGAGGCCGUUCAUUUAAUCUCUGCAAUGCUGCUUGAGGUUCCCAACAUGGCAGCCAACAGCCAUGACGCCAAGCGCAAGGUCAUAAGUAAGACUUUUCGGCGGUUGCUGGAAGUGAAUGGGAGACAAGCAUUCACCGGCCCCCCUGAAAAUGUCAAGGACCAUAUAGUGGCUGCCACCAGGGCCCUCCGCAAGGGAGACUUCCUGAAGGCCUUUGAUGUUAUAAACUCUCUUGAUGUUUGGAAGCUCCUCAGGAACCGAGAGAGUGUCCUUGAUAUGGUAAAGGCCAAGAUUAAGGAAGAAGCUUUGAGGACUUACCUGUUCUCGUAUUCAUCUUCUUGCAAUUCACUAAGCUUGGACAAACUCAGCAAGAUGUUUGACCUUUCGGACUUACAGACUCACAGCAUCAUUAGCAAGAUGAUGAUCAAUGAAGAACUGCAUGCAAGUUGGGAUCAGCCAACUAGCUGCAUUGUCUUCCAUGAUGUUCAGCACGGCAGGCUGCAAACUUUGGCAUUCCAGCUGACUGAAAAGUUAUCUAUCCUUGCUGAAAGCAAUGAAAGAGCAAUUGAGUCAAGGAUUGGCAGUGGUGGCUUGGAUCUGAAUCUAAGGCGAAGGGACAGCCAGGAUUAUGCUGGAGCAGCAGCUUCUGGUGGUAGCAAGUGGCAAGACUUGUCUUUCAAUCAAGGACGACAGGGUCCUGGUGGGCGAUCUGGUAACAAUGUUGGCGGUGGACGACAAUCAGGACUAGCGCAGCCAGGAGGUGGAUAUUUGCGGACAAGCCAGCGAGGCUCAGGUGGAUAUACUGGGCGAGUGGCUGCAGUUAGAGGUUCACAUACAGAUUCUUCCAGCCGCAUGGUUAGUCUCAAUAGGGGAAUUCGCGCAUAGCAAAAUACAGUUUUGUCUAUUUUGGGAGACUAGAACUGCCGAACUACAGCCAAAAGCUAGUUGGUUUGAAUUCUAUUUUCCUACUUCUCAAAUUCUAAUAGGCUAGAAGUAUCUUUCAUUGUUUGAAACUGUUUUUGUUCUAUAUAUCAAGAGAGAUUCUCAAAUGAAAUUAACUUUGAUAUG